CUGCUGAUGAUGCCCCUCGUGGCCAAGCCUGCGAUUCUAUGCAGGGGAAAUUGGCCCAACCGUCGAAUACCGGCCCUCCAAAUCACGAGGAUCAAAGACCUCUCGGGAUCCCGUGAUACAGCCCGGGAGAUCUUGCUCCGUUCGGGACCCGAGGAACGGGGAUCCUUUGCUCUCCAGAUCCCGUUCUGCUCCCGCCUCCGGGUUGCCCAAAGCGCACCUUCCAGCCCCUUGAGACGUCUCCGGAGGAGGGCGGCGCCUGGGUCGCCUGCGUCCCCUUAGCCGGGCGGGGCAGGCUGGGAUCCGGCGCGAUCGGCUCGGGAUCCCGGGGAGGGGGCGGCAAGAGAAGCCGCCGCAGCGCCCGCUCUCACUUUCGGCGAGCCGCGCGGGGGAGGCGCCCGCCUCCUUCCUCCUCCCCUCACUUUCACUUUUCCUUUCUCCGCCUCCCUUUCUCCCAUGAUCCAGCCGCGGGGACGUUUCCGGCGCUCAGUUGGAAAGUUUUCGACCGAGGAGGCGGCAGGCGUGGGGGGCUGGAGAGCAGCCAGAGGAGGGCGAGAGAUCCACACCCCACCCCCCCGCGAAAAAGGCCAGGAUUGGUGAGGGGAAAAGAGGAUCUCUCCCCACUAGGAAACACAGCCGCGGACGACUCCAGCAUCCUGCAAGCUGCGGGCAGGGAUGGCCAAGUCGAGCCCGGCAGAAACGCGCUUCUGAACCCGGCCAUGGGGCGGAGCUGAUCCCGGGGGUGGGUAUUUUCUCCUGCCACUCCCCCCCCCCCCCUUGACUGGCCUGCGGAUCAAGAGACCUUCCCUCCUCCAUCCUCGAAUUGGAGGAUCGUGCCUGAGGAUGCAAGUUUGUUUAUUUGUUUAUUUGGUUUUUUUUUAAACUGCGUGUUUGUUUGCAGCAUUGCAGGGGGUUGGACUAGAUGACCCCGGGGGUUCCCUUCCAACUUUGCAAAUCUAGGAUUCCUUGUUAAAAGAGAGAGGCAGAAACCCUAAAGAGAAGAGGGCAUCAUUGCAUGCCACCUAAAAACACUGAAAUGCUGCAAGACUGAAGGCCAUUUGUGGGUGCCGGCUAAGAGGCAGGGGUCUCCUUGGGUGGUGCUUUCAUUGGCAGUUAGUUGGCGUUAAUUGGCAGAGGCCCCCAGCAGAGAGAAGCAGAUGGAUUGUGGUUAGACACUUCUUUGCAUUGGCAGCAGCUGACAGCAAGCAUGCGCCUUCGUUCUGCUGCUUUCAGGACCUGCCAAAAACUUUUUUGUUGUUGUUUAGGCAAGCCUAUCCAAAACAUGUGAUUAUAUUUCGCCCCUUUUUUCCCAAAAUCUGUAGAUUUAAAAUCGUACUUCAUUUAUAUUUUAACCAUUUUAUUACUGUGUCUACCGCGGUCUGUGUUCGUUGCUAUUUUUCAACAAAUAUUUUUACACCGUUUCAUGUAAACGGCUUGGGCCUUUGCCUAAAAAAUUAAGUGGCAUAUAAAUAAAAUGAGAGAGUUGAGAUCAUGAGGACUAGCCUCUUCCCUGGAAAGAAGUGUUUUGGGUGCCCGACUCCAGAGACUUCUGCCCUGCUUCCCAUUCACAGCCUAUUGAAUAGAAGAGAGAGUGACGACUCGCCAGUCGAAAGGAGAUGUGUGCCUGUGAUUUUAAAAUACUAUAAUUAUUAAUUUGCUUUCGGUGCGAAAUGUCCCAAGAUUCGUGUGGGCAACAUGAGCGAGUGCUGGGUGCAGGAAGCCUGGUCUGCACCCUUAUUUUUGAAAGAUAUUUUGCAGGCCCCGUGUGCUGUAAAAUAUAAGAGUAUUGGACUUGCAUCGUAUGAACACAUGGGGUCAAGCCGGGGUCCUGAGUUACAGUCUGGUCUAUGCCAGCUUUUCCCAAACUGGCGGCUGGCAGGUGUUUUGAACUAUAGUUCUCAUCAGCCCCUUGUAGUCCAAGACACUUGGCUGCCUUCAGAUGUCUUCUACAAGUCAGAUAGAUGUUUAUUUCCUUGACAUCUGAUGAGAGGGCGUUCCACAGGGCGGGCGCCACCACUGAGAAGGCCCUCUGCCUGGGUCCCUGCAACCUCACUUCUCACAGGGAGGGAACUGCCAGAAGUCCCUCAGAGCUGGACCUCAGUGUCCGGGCUGAACAAUGGGAGUGGAGAUGCUCCUUCAGGUAUACCUGGCCGAAGCCGUUUAGGGCUUUAAAGGUCAGCACCGACACUUUGUUUUUUUAAAAAAAAUAAUAUUUAUUACUUUUCCAACAAUUUAAACACACACAAACAAAAAAUAAGAAGAAAAAAGAAAAACAAUACAGUACAUUACAAAAACACUACAUAACACCUUAAACUAACAAGACAAAACAAAAACAAUUUAAAAAACAUCAAACAAUUUCAGUAUCUUAUCUUUCAUUCACUUAUUUCAGUGACCUCCUCACACCUCCCUUUUUGUAUUCCACUUCUGUUGAUUGUUUCAGCAAUUCCUUUUCAUCUUCCUCUUCUUUCUAUCCUUUAAUUAUCUUAACACAUUCUAACCUUAUUUUUUCCUUUAAUACUCUAUUAAUCUAUUUAUACUUAAUUCCUUAUAACAUUUCUACUGAAGCCGUAUAACUUCAUUCCAACAUUUUUCUAACAUUCAUUAAUUUUACAGUAUUUCUGUAAAUAGUCUUUAAACUUUUUCCAGUCUUCUUCCACCGACUCUUCUCCCUGGUCUCGGAUUCUGCCAGUCACAGCACCGACACUUUGAAUUGUGCUUGGAAACGUACUGGGAGCCAAUGUAGGUCUUUCAGGACCAGUGUUAUGUGGUCUCAGCGGCCACUCCUAAUCACCAGUGUAGCUGCUGCAUUCUGGAUUAGUUGUAGUUUCCGAGUCACCUUCAAAGGUAACCCCACGUAGAGCGCAUUGCAGUAGUCCAAGCGGGAAAUAGCUAGAGCGUGCACCACUCUGGCAAGACAGAAAUAAUUUCUCUCACUCGCAGUGAACUUAGGCUGAUUUCGAUGUGCUGGUUUUGGUGUGCAAAAAGCCCUAUACAGUUUGGGACCCGAUGCCUAAAAUAACCUCCUUGCGGAAGCUCCCUUCUCAGGAGGUCUGUCCUGCUCCCGAAUCAGUGUCUUGUGGCACCUACCCCUUGGAAUUCCCUCCCUAUGAACAUUGUUAUUUUCUCCACACCUAUUGAUGACGUCCCUCUUCCAGGAAGCCUUCUAAGAAGAGACCUUUCCCAGCUUGCAUCUGGAUCGGAAUUGCUUUUAGAAGUUUUAAUUGUUAAUUAACGUUUGCCAUCCUUGGCUCCUUGGGGAGGAAAUCUUAACAGGUCAUACAUGAAAGUUCCCUAAUGCUGCGCAGGUGUAGGAAGGUUUGGUGGGGGGGGGGUAAAGUUUUCACCAGGAAACUAGGAAAACAGCUGGGAUUUCAUGUGUUCAGUUCUGAGAAAAUAUCUGAAAUAUUGAGCAAUUUUUCAUGCCUGACUUCCCCAACCCAUUAAUCUAGUUUUUUAUUUUUCUCUCUCCAGCAUUCAGAUCCAUUGAGUUCAAUAGAUAUGCUACGUUGUGUAUCACCCCUAGAUUUUAUUCAGUUGUCCCUAGAUUUUAUCUAGUUGUAGGAAAAACGUUAAUAGGUGUAAUAGGUUCGGAAUUUUUAAUAGUUGCAUUGGCAUAAGUAGUAAUACCUGGUUUUGCUUAUUUGUGUGUUUGCUUGUUUUUUGGUUCGUUUAUUGUGCUCUGGAUUUUGGCCAUGCUCCUGAACUGCAGCCCCAGAGUUUCUAGUUUCUUCAGGGAGAGACACUCCCUUGUCUCAGGAAUUUGUGACAUCCUUGUGUUGAGCAAUUCUUGCAGCUCAAACAUGUGAGCCACAUUUUAGCCAGAAGCUCUAGCCAAGAAUUGAUGCUUUUGAAUUAUGGUGCUGGAGGAGACUCUUGAGAGUCCCGUGGACUGCAAGAAGAUCAAACCUCUCCAUUCUGAAGGAAAUCAGCCCUGAGUGCUCACUGGAAGGACAGAUCCUGAAGCUGAGGCUCCAAUACUUUGGCCGCCCCAUGAGAAGAGAAGAGUCCCUGGAAAAGACCCUGAUGUUGGGAAAGAUGGAGGGCACAAGGAGAAGGGGACGACAGAGGACGAGGUGGUUGGACAGUGUUCUUGAAGCUACCAGCAUGAGUUUGACCAAACUGCGGGAGGCAGUGGAAGACAGGAGUGCCUGGCGUGCUCUGGUCCAGGGGGUCAUGAAGAGUCGGACAUGACUAAACAACAACAACAAAUGGAAGGAUUUCAACCAUGAAUUCUGAUCAGUUGAAGAACCUACCAUUUUUACCUAUCUCUUUGCCAGGAACGAUUUCCUGUUCACCACUCGGAAAUAAUUUUAUUUACAGUGGUACCUCGGGUCACAUACGCUUCAGGUUACAGACUCCGCUAACCCAUAAAUAGUACCUCGGGUUAAGAACUUUGCUUCAGGAUGAGAGCAGAAAUUGUGCAGCAGCGGGAGGCCCCUUUAGCUAAAGUGGUGCUUCAGGUUAAGAACAGUUUGAGGUUAAGAACGGACCUCCGGAACGAAUUAAGUACUUAACCCAAGGUACCACUAUAUUUGAAAGCUUUCAGUGCAGAGGCUUUCUCUUUUCAAGAGUGCCUAAAAUUUUUAUUCCAAAGUGAAAGCGAAUUUACUUCCAUUCAACAUGUGUGUGUUUAUCAAGCGUCCCUCCAGACAGCCGUUUGACUUAUCAUUAAUGAUUAUUUGAGUUCAUAAUGGUAUCGAGGCAUCGAUCCUGCAUUUAGAAUGAACUGUAUUCAUUUUUUUUAUUUCUUUAUGUAUUUAUAUCCCACCCUUUGUCCCAAAGGAGCCCAGGCCUGCAAACACAUCUGUAAUAAAUAUGCUUUUAUUGCUAUUGUAUAUCUUAAAACAACUAAAACAGAGUUAAUAACAGUCUUCUCAUCUCUUUAAAGUAUCAUUAUGCCUGAGUUUACAUAUAUGCAAGAGUGCAUCUCUUUUAAUAUCACCUUCAUUAUCUCAGAGAUUAUAACUAUAGAAACACAAAUAUGUUUUCAGCUUUUGAAUCUGUUUUUUAAAGAACCAAAAAAACCAACAACUGUUGCCUGUAAUUCUCAAGAGUGGCUAGGAAAACAGUAAUUUGGGAGUGAUUUUCAAACAGAUAAAAAGCCUCUCAGAAGGCUUCAAAAGUACAAUUCUCAAAUUGUUAAAUGUUAGGCACAGCACUGGAUUUAAAUAAAUAUUAUGGGAGCUUCGUGUCAUCGAGCUGCUAUUUAGAUAUAUUGUACUCUUGCUAAUCUACGUACCAAUUAUCAGUCGACCAUAUUAGCCGAUGUUUUGUGCUGAAAAUUCUGCUCUAGCUAAGCCACAGAGGACUUUUUAUAUGUUCUCCGAGGCUGAGUCACCUGGGUGCUUUUGCAGAGAGAGCGUGCGUGGUGGUAAUUCAAUAGCUGGGUUACUUCCAAACGAUGUUGCAAGCGCAAGCCUUGGACGUGUGUGUUUGCGUGGGGGGGAAGAUACUUUCCGGGAUCCCAGCCCUCUUGAGAAAUAAAGGAAGUGGCUUUCUGCUGAGUUGCCCAUUGCUCCAUCUAUCUCAGAAUGGCAGAAAUUCUUCAGGGUCUUGGGCAGCCAUCCUUCUUCCCAGACCAACCUGGAGAUGCCAGGAAUUGAAUUCUGCUUGCAGUCUCUACCGCACCCACCAAAGACAUAAACCGAUGGCCCGAGCCAAAGAUGUGGUUGCCUCCAGACAUCCUUUUUCUUGUGCAUUCGUGAUGAUUCGUUCCUAUGACACCAUCCGGAUGGCCACACACACUCCUGCUGUCCGUACUAUUUGUGCCUUCCUUUUUUUUUUAAUAAUAAUUUUUAUUGAUUUUAACAUAUAAAUUAUAAAGUGUACCACAAAACUUAUCACUUACACAAUCUUUUUAGACUUCUAGCAGCACCUCUGAUAAUCCACCGUUUUAUCCACUUCUCAUACAUUUCUUAGCUUUAUAUUGCCUUAAAGUCUCUUAACAAAUUAUCCUUCCCCUUACCUGUUUUUGCAAUACUUCCAACAAUACUCCUCACAGAACCUCUUGCAAACCUACAAACAUCGUCUGAUCUUCACAAAUGCUUUUCAAAUAGUCCGUAAAUUUACUCCAGUCUUCUGUGAAUUUCUGGUCCCGCCGGUUUCGAAUUCUUCCUGUUAGUUUUUCUAGUUCUGCAUAGUCCAUUAACUUCAUCCUCCAUUCUUCAAUUGUCGGUAAUUCUUCUUGCUUCCUACUAUUUGUGCCUUCCAACGUGUGGGGCGGUCAGAAUGCUCUGGUAACCUCUAGGUUAGAUUACUGCCAUGGGUGAUCCGUAGAGCUGCCUCUGAAGACGGCUUGGAAACUUCAGCUAGUUCAGAACUGGGCUACCAACCUGGAGCAAGAUGGUUUGAGCAUGUUGCACUGAUCCUGGUCCGACUGCACUGGCUGCCAGUUAGUUUCCGGGCCCAAUUCAAAGUGCUGGUUUCGACCUAUAAAGCUUGAAAUGGCUCGGGACCACAGCACCUGAAGGCCCACCUCUUUCCAUAUGAAUCUACCUGGACCCUGAGAUCAUCUUCUGAGGUCCUCCUUCGUGUGCCUCCUCCUCAAGAGGUGUGGAGGGAGGCAACACGAGAACAGGGCCUCCUCUGCAGUGGCUCCCCGUCUGUGGAAUGCUCUCCCCAGGGAAGUUCGCCUGGCGCCUUUGUUAUACACAUGGUUAUGAGGCAAAAACAUUCCUCUUCAACCGGGCCUUUGGCUGAUUGCCAUUCAAUGUCCUUUUAAUUGUGCUGUGGGAGAGGGAGAUUAUCGGCUUUCUUUUGUUCUUUUUAAAAUAAAUUUAUUCAUUUGGUUUUUCAACUUAAAAUUUUAGAGAGAGAUAUCAACUAUAAAUCAUAAAAACAAGAUUCCAAGGAAUCUCCUGGAAAAACUUGAAAUUUGCUAACCGACCAGGUAAAUUGCUGGCAUGGCAGCUAAAGAAGAAACAAAAUAUAAAAUUCAUACGUAAAUAUAGAAGAGAAAAUUGUAGAUAAUCCGAAAGAUAUAGGAAAGCUUUUGUUCUUAUUUUUAUUAUGUAUUUUGUGUUUAUUAAUAUUGUGAUUUCAUGUCGUGAACUGCUCUGAGAUCUACAAGUGAAGGGUGGUACCCAAGCUUAAUAAAUAAAAACCAAUAAUAAAACCACAAUUUCCAAUUAGCUCAUGUGACUCCGUGACAUUUCCUCUGAGUCGCCCUACAACUUAAUGGAUGUUUGCGUGCUCCUCUCUUUGCAGAUCCAGCAAAGCCGAGCAGAAUCGUUCCUCUUGCAUGGAGCCGGCUGCCGGGGCCACUUUACAUCGCACCUCUGCCGCUUUCCAAAGAUGAGUUUGGAAGAAGCAGCCUCUUACUCUCAUCACGAUGGAAGCUCAGCCCCCUGGUAAUGGAGAGAUUCUUCAACAAGGCCCUUCGGCGGCCCGUCCGCCAUCCUUCGUUAAUUUGCUGAAAGUGCACCGAGAGCUGCUGGUUGGCAAAGUCCGUAAUACCCAGUGUUUGAUUGACAACUUGAUCAAGAAUGAAUACUUCUCUACCGAGGAUGCUGAGAUUGCAGCACAAUAUCCUACACAAGCGGACAAGGUAUCUGCAUCCCUUUCAGACUUGUACAGUGGUACCUCCGGUUACAUAUGCUUCAGGUUACAUACGCUUCAGGUUACAGACUCCGCUAACCCAGAAAUAGUACCUCGGGUUAAGAACUUUGCUUCAGGAUGAGAACAGAAAUUGUUCUCUGGCGGCGCGGCUGCAUCAGGAGGCCCCAUUAGCUAAAGUGGUGCUUCAGGUUAAGAACAGUUUCAGGUUAAGAACGGACCUCCGGAACGAAUUAAGUACUUAACCCGAGGUACCACUGUAUUCGGAUUCGAUGGCAAGGAGAUUAGAGGAGGUUGACUAUUCUGUGAGUGUUCGUUCGGAUUUGUCAGCAGAGAGGUUAGACCAGGGGUAGGCAAACUAAGGCCCGGGGACUGGAUGCGGCCCAAUUGCCUUCUCAAUCUGGCCUGUCCCAGUGUGUUUUUACAUGAGCAGAAUGUGUCCUUUUAUUUAAAAUGCGGCCUAGGACCCACGUACCUACGGGACGGCCUCUCCUGGUAUGCCCCGCAGAGGACCUUAAGAUCCACAAAUAACAACACUUUGAAGGUCCCAAGCCUCAAGGAGGUUAGAUUGGUCUCAACUAGGGCCAGGGCCUUUUCAGUACUGGCCCCGGCGUGGUGGAACGCUCUGUAACAAGAGACUAGGGCCUUGCGGGAGUUGACAUCCUUCCGCAGGGUCUUAAAGACAGAGCUGUUCCACCUGGCCUUUGGUUUGGACUUGGUCUCACCCUUAUGUUUCCCUCCCUUUAUGGUCUUGAUUUAUCAGCUACUUUAAAAUGAGGCUAUAUUUUAAAUUGGGUUUUUUCCCUCCCCCCCUUUCCCCCUAUUAUGUUUUUACUGUGAUUUUAUUGGUGUUAGCCACCCUGAAAACGUUUGCUGCCCCCUGGGUUAGACGAUGAUUCAUCUUCACCCCAGCACUGCUCUUUUCAAGCCCUCUGCACUCCUCCCCGCGUUUCCCCUUUGCACCUCUGACAUUGGGGGGUGGAAAAACAGGGGGACGACUGCAAAGGCUUCCUCCUAUCACUUUGUUCCCGCUUCUCCGCCGCCAAUUUCUGCUGCGUUGAGAAGGAGGAGAGGACGUCUCCCUUUUGUCUAUCCCCCGUGAAGCAAAAUAAAGGAUGCCUUCUUCCCUCUGACUUCCCCCAGAGGCAGCUGAGCGCCCGGGAAGCCCACAAAGGCUUCGGACAGGUGGGCGGGGCAAUCGCCUGACAACCACAUGACAUCACAGUGACAUCAUGUGGCGCAGCAGAUUUUGCCCACAAGGCCAAUCCUGAUAAAGAUCUGGCCCAUGGAGCCAAAAAAGUUUCCUCGUCUCUGUAGUACAACAUACUAAAAGGUAAAGGUAAAGGGACCCCUGACCAUUAGGUCCAGUCGUGUCCGACUCUGGGGUUGCGGCGCUCAUCUCGCUUUAUUUGCCGAGGGAGCCGGCGUACAGCUUCCGGGUCAUGUGGCCAGCAUGACUAAGCCGCUUCUGGCGAACCAGAGCAGCACACGGAAACGCCGUUUACCUUCCCGCCUAUUUAUCUACUUGCACUUUGACGUGCUUUUGAACUGCUAGGUUGGCAGGAGCAGGGACUGAGCAACGGGAGCUCACCCCGUCAUGGGGAUUCGAACCGCCGACCUUCUGAUCGGCAAGUCCUAAGCUCUGUGGUUUAACCCACAGCGCCACCCGCGUCCCGUACAACAUACUAAGAUCAGUACAAAAAGUAAGAUGGGCCUGUAUUCAUGUGGACCCUGGACUUGUGGUUCUGGGCUCAUUUGUCCCAAUUGACAGAGCCAUAGCCCAUGCGAAUAAUAGUCCCCUCCUGGCAACAUCCCAGUAAGGCAAAGAUUCUUUAUGUGGGGUUUUUUUUCUAAACAGUAAGGGAGAGAAAACCUGUACUUCUGGCCAUAACUGACCCUUCCUCCAGCCUCUGGAGUUAAUUCUGUUUCUCCAGUUAAUAAUUGUUAGUUUUCUGCAGCCUCUGGCUGAUGGGCUUAAGGAACCAGUUAUUCAACAUUUGAAAUUUCAUUCCCUCACUGCGGUCGGUCAGGGUGUUUUGUGUACUCAGAGAUUCUUCAGGGUGCCGAUUCUCGAGGCUCAAAAUGACUCCUGCUGUGUUUGUUGAAAUACAUUCAUGCCUUCCAUAGUUUUAGUUACUGGUAGGUAGCCAUGUUGCUCUGCCGUAGUCGAAACAAAAUUAAAAAAUUUCUUCCAGUAGCACCUUAGAGACCAACCAAGUUUGUUAUUAGUAUGAGCUUUCAUGUGCAGGACUAUUUAACUGCUCAUCUUCUAACAUUGCGCAUGCCAUCAAAUACCAACAGUGCCCUUCAGCUCUCUAUAUUGGACAAACAGGCCAAACCCUAUGUCAAAGGAUAAAGGUAAAGAUAAAGGGACCCCUGACCGUUAGGUCCAGUCACAGAUGACUCUGGGGUUGCGGCGCUCAUCUCACUUUAUUGGCCGAGGGAGCCGGAGUACAGCUUCCGGGUCAUGUGGCCAGCAUGACUAAGCCGCUUCUGGCAAAUCAGAGCAGUGCACUGAAACAACGUUUACCUUACCGCCGGAGCGGUACCUAUUUAUCUACUUGCACUUGAUGUGCUUUUGAACUGCUAGGUUGGCAGGAACUGGGACCCAGCAAUGGGAGCUCACCCCGUCGCGGGGAUUUGAACCGCCGACCUUCUGAUCACAAGACUGAGAAACCAGUAGGAGAACACUUCAGUCUCCCAGGACAUUCUAUACAAGAUCUCAAGUAGCUGUCUUAUUACAAAAGAAUUUCAGAAAUAGAGUGGAAAGAGAAAUUGCUGAACUGCAACUUAUUACCAAACUUAAAACCAUGGAGAGACCUGGUCUGAAUAGAGACAUUGGAUUCUUACCUCAUUAUACUGUACAUGAUAAAGCUAUUUCUAGCCAUCUCACCCCUUGCUUUUUCCUGCAGUUGUUAACAGUCGGCAACAGGUUUACCACACCUAUCAGCCAAUCACCCAUUCCCACCACUCUUCUGAGUCAUACCCUCCCCACCCUCUCACUAUAUAUAAGGGUCUGGUGACUUCUGUAUCAGUGUAUCUGAAGAAGUGUGCAUGCGCACGAAAGAUCAUAACAAUAACAAACGUAGUUGGUCUCUAAGGUGCUACUGGAAGGAAUUUUUUUAUUUUGCAUUUAUGCCCUUUAGCUUGUGUUCAAACCAAUGUGGCGAGACAGGUGGUCCGUUGCCAAAUCUAACCACGGUUUCUCUGAAAGUCUGUGCAUUUGGGGAGCCAAUUAGCUGAAUCGUAUUCCUGGGAUUCAGAGUUUGGCGUGUUUGCUUGUAUGGUGGUAGUUGGGUCGAUGUUUGGGCAAAAACAUCUGGAGGGUUGUUUUCCUCAUGUCACAAGAAUGAAGUUGUGGGAUCCCUAAACCAUAAAACUGAGAAGACAUUCUGGUUGCAUUCAGACAGCACGUCGUUCCCUUUGCAUGAUCAUCGAACCAUAGAAUUGUAAGGGGCUAUGAAGGUAAUCUGGUUCAACCCCCUGCAAUUCAGGUAUCCUUUUGCUCAAUUUGAGGCUCGAACCCACAACCCUGAGAUUAAGAGUUUUCCUUACCUGAUAAGGGUCACAUUUUAUAUGACCUUUCACGCGACGUAAACGCCACUUUUCGAAACCGAGUGGACCCCAGUGGAAGUUCAGCACUCGUGUCUGCUUUUUGAGGGAGAGAAAAUCCGAUUGCACCCCCAUUUAACCCGCAAAAACGUGGGCUGAAAGUUGGGGCGGUAUCCCGCAACAUAUGAUUCUUUCCCGCCAGUUUCAUGGGUGAAUCAUGGGGAAACAGAAAUGCACAUAAAGCGGGAGGGUGGUAACUGUUAGAAUUCCUGCUCCGUGAUUGCAGUCAUGGGGUUUUUGUCUAUCACAUGACAAUAUAUGUUUUGACUCCACAAAGUGGGAAGUGACGGAGACAGGAUGUUUGUGUUACUGUGUUCCGUGAAGUGGGACUAUUGUCCUUUGUUCAUUCUCUUUGCUGUCUGAUGCUAGAGAGAGAGGGAGCCAUGUUGCAGUGCUCCAUGUGUGUUUAUAUGUAAAUAAACAUAGAUUAGCCAAAAUGCUAAGGUCUGUUACGCAAGCUGCAAAGACUCUGCGGAUCCCUAAGUGUGCCGAUGUCUGUUGGCAUUGGUCACUGUGAUGUUUGGGCAGAAGAAAGCUUUUGAAGGAAGACCAGGAGGGAGAGAACAUGCCAGUCAGGCAUGUGUCUCUGCCAGGGUCCUACUCGAGUGUAGGCUGAGCUCCUGACAGUAACAUGUUGAAUGAUGCCUGCUGUUGUGUCACGCCACAUAGUGUCCCUCUACUUGCAGCUGGUUCGAUUGGAAUUUAGCACGACGUGGUGGUAUAGCCGCAGCUCCAUUAAACACCAUGCAUGCAUGAAAAAAUGCAACAUUGGGACGUUGUUAUUGGUUCUGCAAAGAGGCAGGCAGAUGGUGUGUUGCCCCACAACAGUGAUUGACUCUAGAGUGCUUGAGAGUAGCUAUUAAUCCGCUGCCUCUGUAGAUCUCUGACGUCUCAUCUGAUCUUUCCGCAGGUCCGCAAAAUUUUGGAUCUCGCGCAGAGCAAAGGAGAAGAAGUGGCGGAAUACUGCGUCUAUAUCCUGCAGCAAGUUGCAGAUGCUUAUUACGAGCUGCAACCGUGGCUAGAAGAAAUUGGGUUUCGCCCUUCAGAGGUCGUUGGUAAUAAGCCCGUUGAAAAUACCGACCCAGGUAGGAUGUCUGCUUUUGGAAGACUCAUUCCCUGUAGAAAAAGCUUGUCUGGGUAAUCCCAUCAUUCAUUGCUUCAAUGUUGGUGAAACGCUUUUUCCAGGAGAAAUAAAUAAUGAAGGUUAGCAGGGUGAUUUUCUCAGGGUACGCUUCCCAUAAACAGACUACGUUUGCAGAUUGCAUCCUGCUGUUCGCAUUUACCCAGCCUGAAGCUGGUGGCUUGUUCCUCUGUGCAUGAAACGUAGGAGCUCUAGCAGAGUAUCUAAUGCAGCCUCCUCAAACCCGCUCCUCCUCCUCCUAAUAAUAAUAAUAAUAAUAAUAUUAUAAUAACUUAUUAUUUGUACCCUGCCAAUCUGGCUGGGUUUCUCCAGCUACUCUGGGCGGCUCCCAGCAAAAUAUUAAAAACAGGAUAAAACAUCAAACGUUAAAGACUUCCCUAAACAGGGUUGCCUUCAGAUGUCUAUAAAAGUCAGAUAGGUGUUUACGUCUUUGACAUCUGCUGGGAGGGCGUUCCACAGGGCGGGCGCCACUACCGAGAAGGCCCUCAGCCUGGGUCCCUGCACCCUCACUUCUCGCAGGGAGAGAACCACCAGAAGGCCCUCAGAGCUGGAUCUCAGUGUCCGGGCAGAACAAUGGGGGUGGAGACGCUCCUUCAGGUAUACUGGGCCGAGGCCGUUUAGGGCUUUAAAGGUCAGCACUGACACUUUGAAUUGUGCUCAGAAACGUACUGGGAGCCAAUGUAGGUCUUUCAGGACUCCCGGUCAUCAGUCUAGCUGCCACAUUUUGGAUUAGUUGUAAUUUCCCGGUCACCUUCAAAGGUCGCCCCACGUAGUAAUCCAAGCGGGAGAUAACCAGAGCAUGCACCACUCUGGCGAGAAAGUCUGCGGGCAGGUAGGGUCUCAGCUGGCGUACCAGAUGGAGCAGGUAGACAGCUGCCCUGGACACAGAAUUGACCUGUGCCUCCACUAAGAGAUUGUUGGAUCACAACUCCUAUCAGUCCCGACCAGUCUGGCUGUCCUGCUUGGGACUGAUGGAAGCCGAAUCCCAAAAUCCCUGCAGGGCUCCAAGUUGGGGAAAGCCAAUCUCAUGGCUACUUCAAAUAUAUCGUGUAUGUUGUAACAAAGGCUUGCUGCACAUUUCUGGUGUCAGAAGCCGCUGGAAGACAAAACUGAGAAGGAGGUGCUUUAGGGAGCCUUUAGGGAGCUGAAAUGUGUAAAAAUAAAAUCACUUAUUUGAACAGCAGACCUGCAUGGCAUAAAACAAGCUACUUUGAAAGUGCUCUCAGGGUCAGAGGUGACUUUGCUGUAGGCCAGGCAUGUCCAAAAUCCGUUUUGGGGGCCUAAUUCAGCCCCUGUGGCAGUUUUAUUUCCCGGGGUAAAAUCCUCAGCAACUUCAAUCCUAAAAAAAAGGUUCACAAUUUUGGUCGGCCAUUCACUUCAUCUAAUCUGGCCCUCUUUGAAAAAAGUUUGGACACCACUGCUGUAGGCAAACACAAGCCCAAACCCUUAUAGAAUCCAGCAGAAUUGUGGUGGUUGUUACAUUUAUAUCCCAACUUUUCCCCAAAGAGCUCAAGAUACAGAAUUCUCCCCCUGUGCAUUACAACACUAAGGUUGGUUAGGCUGAGAGUGAGUGAGUGACGGGCCCAAGGUCACACAGUGAACUUUAUGGCUGAGUGGAGAUUUGAACCCUGAUCUCCCAGGUCCUAGUCUAUCAUCUAACCACUACCCCACACUGACUCUCUGCUUUUUUUUUGUACUGGUUUUGUAUGAAGUAUCUCUUCAUGCUGGCUCUCCUGUGCUAGAAUUUCUCUUCGUCAUAACCAAUGCUACCUUUAGUUAGCAGGUACCGUCAGAAACUUAAAGAUGAAUUGGGCCGAGACACAAAGUUCAUCAUGUCGUAUGCCCAGAAGGAGGACAUGUUGCUUGAGGAGAUUUAUUCCUCCAACAUCAUGGAGUUUAUCAAGGACAACAACGAGAAACUCAGCAACGUGAAUAGCUUGGAGGACCUGUUUGAUGUCAACGUUGGUCUGAUCAAUGAAGCUGGAGAGGUGAUCUAUAUCUUUGGUGAUGCAGGGAUUGGGAAGUCCAUUCUCUUGCAAAAGAUGCAAAACCUCUGGUCCAAGGGUAAACUCGACGUAGGGGCCAAAUUCUUCUUUCGUUUCCGAUGCCGGAUGUUCAGCUGCUUCAAACAAGAUGAAGCCAUAUGCUUGAAAGAUCUCCUGUUCAAGUACAACUGUUUCCCAGACCAGGACCCGGAAGAGGUCUUUGACUUCAUCGUGAAGUUCCCUCACACGGUUCUGUUCACCUUCGACGGCUUUGAUGAGAUCCAUUCUGACUUUGACCUCAACAGCAUCCCAGAGAUCUGCUCCCCCACUGAAUCAAUCCACCCGCUGGCUUUGCUGGUGGGUCUCCUCAGUGGGAAACUUCUGAAGGGAUCUCAGAAAGUCCUGACUGCCAGGACAGGGACGGAUGUUCAUCGGAACAUUGUCCGGAAGAAGGUACAUCUCCGAGGGUUUUCCAGCAAUAACCUGAAAGAAUACACGAAAAUGUUCUUCAAAGACGAAGGGUGCAGGACCUUAGUCCUGAACCAACUGGAAGCCAACCCAAAUCUGAGCAGUCUCUGCUUAGUGCCUUUGUUCUGCUGGAUUAUCUUCAAAUGCUUUGACCACUUCCACUUGGCCUUCGACAGCCACGAGCUCCCGGAUUUCACCGUGACCUUGACUGAUAUUUUCUUGCUGAUGACCGAAGUCCACCUCAACCGAAUCCAGAAGACCAACUUGCUGAAGAAGAACAACAGGAGCCAAGUGGAGACCUAUCGGUCCAACAAAGAGACGCUGUUUGCUCUGAGCAGAGUGGCCCACGCGGCCAUGCAGAAAUCUCUCUUUGUCUUUGACCAAGAGGAAGUCCUCGCCAACCUCUCUGAGCAGGAGUUGCAGCUGGGUUUCCUCAGGGCGGUUCCCGACUACGGUGGCCGCGGAGACCAAGUUUCCUACGAGUUCUUGCACUUGACCUUGCAGUCCUUCUUCACCGCUUUGCAUCUGGUCACCGACGAGAAGGUGAGCGCCAAAGAUCUGCUCCGGUUUUUUGCCGAAUGCUCCACCUCAGAUGCCGCCCUGCGUUCUUGCUUCCCGAUGGCUUGGCUGAAGAAGCACCACCCGACGGGAGAGGACCCUUUCCGGAACAACGAGCACUUCCACUUCACCAACCUCUUCCUCUGCGGCUUGCUGUCCAAGUCGAAGCAGAAGCUCCUGCAACACUUGGUUUCUCCUGCUUCCCUCAAGAAGAAGAGGAAGGUGCUCCUCACCUAUUUCUUUGAAAGCAUGAAGUCCCACCUGAAGGGACUAACCCGGGCGAGGCUGAAGGAAUACCGGCAGAUUCAAGUGAUGCCCAAUUUCAUAUGGAUGUUGAGGUGCAUCUACGAGACUCAGAGCGAGAAGGUGGGCAUGGGGGUGGCCAAGGGCAUGGGCGCCAACUACAUCAAGCUCACCUACUGCAACGUCUACUCUGCCGACUGCAGCGCCAUCUCGUUCACCAUGCAUCAUUUCCGGAAGCGCCUGGCCCUGGACUUGGACAACAACAACAUCAACGAUUACGGGAUAAAGCAGCUGAUGCCUUGUUUCAGUAGGCUAGCGGUACUUCGGUAAGUUCCUGGGCUUGUUGUCUGCUCUCAAAGGUCAUCAGCCCAUCUCUGAUAACAGUGGUAAUUAUUAUUAUUUUUAUUAUUAUUUAUUAUUUAUACCCCGCCCAUCUGGCUGGGCUUCCCUAGCCACUCUGGGCGGCUUCCAAAAAAAUUAAAAUACUGUAGUACAUUAAAAACUUCCCUGAACAGGGCUGCCUUCAGAUGUCUUCUAAAAGCCUGGUAGUUGUUUUUCUCUUUGACAUCUGGUGGGUUAGGGUUAGGGGCGGGUGCCACUACCAAGAAGGCCCUCUGCCUGGUUCCCUGUAACUUGGCUUCUCAGAGUGAGGGAACCGCCAGAAGGCCCUCGGCGCUGGACCUCAGUGUCCGGGGCUGAACGAUAGGGGUGGAGACACUCCUUCAGAUAUACUGGACCGAGGCCGUUUAGGGCUUUAAAGGUCAGCACCAACACUUUGAAUUGUGCUCGGAAACGUACUUGGUUUUGGUACCUCGGUUUUCGAACGUUUCGGUUUUCGAACGCCAAAAACCAGAAGAAAUAAAUGCUUCCGGUGAGUCCCCCCCCCCCCCAAUUUUCUCUGUUGAAUUUGCAGACCGCCCUUUGCGCCUCAGUUUCCGAACAUUUCGGAAGUCGAACGGUCUUCCGGAACAGAUUACGUUCAAAAACCGAGGUACCACUGUAUAAGACUGCCAGGCUAACAAAACACGGUUUGUUGGAGGGGAAGCAAACAGCAAGGUUCAUCAUGCUCUCUUCCUUUCUUCCUUUCUUCUCUUUCCUUUUUUAAAAAACUUAUUUUAUUAAGUUUCAACAUACGCAGUCAAAACCCAGUUUCGUCUUUGCUGUUAUUUUUGUCAGCUUCUCACCCUGUUUUCCAUGGAGUUGUUUUUAAUAAUUUUUAUUAAAGUUUCUGUUUUACAGUUUAUUUAAACAUCCUUAAAAGAUCAGUGACUUCCCUUCCUCUCUUACCAUGGUUCAUUUUGCAUAUCAUAAAUCCCUGCAUAUUUUAGGUAAACCAAACCAUUCAGUAUUCCAUUACUACAUCCAUCAAAACUUAUUUACACUGUUGAAUUUAUCUUAAGGCUGCCAACGUUUUCAAGUGUACACGAUUCCUUCCCAUACAUUCAAUAAACAUUUUCCAAUCUUCUCUAAACGUAUGUUUUGUUCUAUUUCUUUGAUGCUGCAACAAAAUCUAAAGAGCACAUUUCGGUCCCUAUUAAAAGGAGGAUUGUCCGACUACUUUUCCCCCUGAUGUAUCUCAACGAGCCAUUUAUUUUCUCCCGCCUGCCCCAUUUAUUUUUUUCAGGUUAAGCGUUAACCAGAUCACAGACCAAGGAGUCAGAGUGCUUUACGACGAGAUGUCCAAGUACAGAAUUGUGAGUUAUUUGGGGUACGUAUGAAUGAGGAGCUCGGAUAGCUGUCACGUUCAGGGCUGGUCCCGAUGACCGAAGGGAGCCUCGUGAACAUCGUGUGUUCAUGUGCGACUCUGCCUUGCGCCAAAUCGCCUUGUCGCUCCCUCAUCAGUGUUGGCCCCAGGCGGAAAGACAUGAAAGGCGUUUGGAUCCAGCUCCCACUCAUUUUCCACCGAGUCUUGCAGUUGUCUUUUAAAAAAACAAAAACAAAUUUUAUUUAUGGUUUUCAGGUUUAUACAUUUCAAUAAUUUAAAUCCUGCCAAUGUUCUUAUCGGUUUACAAUUUGUCCGUAAAUAUUCCAUAAGUUUCUGUACAUUCUGGGUCGUCUUGCAGUUGUCAGUGGGUCUUGUUCCCGAAUGAGUGGGCACAGUAUUGCAGCUGUGCAGUGAAAUAUUUUUUUCUCUGUCUUAUCACACGCUGGCUCCAAGCCAGGUCUAGGUGCAGGUAAAGAUGGUGUUAAUUUUCCGUGAAUUGCACAAGAAGGCAGUGGGUGUUGGCAGACUGGAAUAAUAGACAUUGGCAUGUGCAUUCCAUUCAAAGCCUCUCUAGAAUGUGCAACUGAUAAGGAUCCAUAUUUUCCCAUCCAGCAAGCAAAUGCGCAUACAGAACAGUACAGAACAUGCUUUGCAGAAUUGAGGCAACUGGAGCCUUAAAGCAAACUGCAAACCUCCUUCUUGAACUUUUGCACAGUUAAUUUACCAGGUUCUCGUACAAAAUAAGCAGGUCUCUGACCCUAAAUGAGUUGUACUGGGGGGUUUUUUUGUAGGGGGGAGGGAAUCAGAUCCCACGCAUCUAAUAACCCUACCCGGUUUGUAGCUGUUAGGUAAAGUAAAGGUAAAGGGACCCCUGACCAUUAGGUCCAGUCGUGACCGACUCUGGGGUUGCGGCGCUCAUCUCGCUUUAUUGGCCGAGGAAACCGGCGUACAGCUUCUGGGUCAUGUGGCCAGCAUGACUAAGCUGCUUCUGGCGAACCAGAGCAGAAACGCCGUUUACCUUCCCGCCGGAGUGGUACCUAUUUAUCUACUUGCACUUUGACGUGCUUUCAAACUGCUAGGUUGGCAGGAGCAGGGACUGAGCAACGGGAGCUCACCCCGUCGCGGGGAUUCGAACCGCCAACCUUCUGAUUGGCAAGUCCUAGGCUCUGUGGUUUAGCUGUUAAAAAGUUACAAAUCUAAACACCGGGUCCUUUUUUUAUUAUUUCCCCCACCGCCCCACAGCUUGUACAACAACCAGAUUACCGACGUUGGAGCCAAGUAUGUUGCAAGACUGAUUGAAGAAUGUCCAAGCCUGAUAUAUGUUAAGUAUGUAUUCCUAACACACACACCCCCUCUACCGUGUUUCUCAGUGCAGCGAAAGCUUGAAAGAUACAAGCAGGACUGGAAUAACACUUGUAGUUUAAUGGUGAAUCUUGGAGAUAAUGGAGAUGUAAAAGAUUUGGAUGAUUAUAAAAGAUGCAGGAGGAAAUGGUUAGCAAAAGGACCUGCAAAGGGGAGGAGGGCAGUCCAGGAGAUUCCCUGGAAUCUUCUUUUUACGUUAUAUAUUGGAUAUGUGAUUGUAAAGCUUGGAUUUGAAAACCAAAUAAACAAUUCAAAAAGAAAAAUCAAGCUUGAAAGAUAGAGGGAAAGGUCAUUUUUCUUAGACGGAGUGAAGCUUCUGCAUGGAUAGCUAUUAUUAUUAUUAUUAUUAUUAUUAUGCAUUUAGGACAUUUGUACCCUGUUGUUCAGCCAAAAAAGGCUUCCAGGGCAGCUUACAUGCAGUCAAAACAAGACAGUGCCUCCCCACAAGCUUACAAUCUAAAAAGACACGACACACAAGGGAAAGGGGACACGGAGGGAAGAGGAAAAUAAAAAUCAAACCUCAGACACCGGUUUCUAAACAGUUGUUCCCAUAACAACCAGCUGGCAGAGCUCAGGGGUAGGAGCUCGCCUCUCGCAGCAUAGAAAGAGUUCUGCUUCUCUGCUUCUGAGUGAUCUCUCUCUCUCUGUCAUAGGCAGUUGUCCGUGUGAAUAGGGUUAAUGGUAACUUUAGUAAAUUUAAGUCGUAAAUUUAACUGUCAAUUUGAUUCCCUCCUCCUCUUUCUUUUUUCCUUUCUCCUCCUGUGAUGAGGCUGCAUUUUAAUGUUUCAAUGUUUUAAUGUUAUAUUUUAAUCUUGUUUUUAAGUUGUAUUCAUUCAACUUGUUUUUAUUAUUGCUUGUUAGCCGCCCUGAGCCCGGCCUUGGCUGGGGAGGGCGGGGUAUAAAUAAUAUUAUUAUUAUUAUUAUUAUUAUUAUUAUUAUUUAGCCAAUUUUAAUCAGAUCUUCAUUUUAAUUGGCUGACAGUUAAGGACACACUACAUAAAGCUGAUUGUGAGGCUGGUGCAUAGGAGUGAAAGAGAAUGAAAAAUAAAAUAUUGAAGAUGGCCUUUUAAGAGUACACGGUAGCUUAUAAUUAUUAUUAUUAUUAUUAUUAUUAUUAUUAUUAUUAUUAUAUUUUAUUUUGACAAAGUAAUAAUCAUACAUAAAUAAGAAAAAAAAUGUGCACCCCACCACCAAGACCAUUCCAUUGUAACUAUCCAGCCUCCCCAAAUUUCAACACCUCUUGCGAUGGUUUGACCCCUUUCCGUUUAAACAGUACAAAUUCUACAAACACACCUUCCGUAUCUCCUCAAAACCAUUUCUCCUGCAUGUUUCCCGUCUUACCUUAAAUUAACUCACAUUUUCUUUAGAGUAUCUCUAGCCCUGUGGAGGUUUUAAAAUAUGCACACUUAUUUAAAUAUGAGGAUCCCAAAGGCAGAUAAUUGGGCAACCAAAAAUUCUUUAAUCCGCUUAUUAUGUUGUUUCAUAAAGCAUUCAGCGAAGUAUCCCUUUGUUGGAACCGAUUCAUUAAUACCUGUUCCAACGAGAGACAUUCCGGUUACAAAACAGCAAACACAAGUGAAUCUGAUUUUCUUUCUAGAAGUGAAGAAAGAAACCACUAGCUAAAAUGGCACUGAAGGAAUUCCAUGGCAUUGUUGACUUGAUUUCUGGCAAAACAAAAAACAAAAACCUACCCACAUGGUAUUUCUUUGCAGAAUAGGAGCAAACAGAAUAACCACAGAGGGAGGGAAAUGUCUCGCUGAUGCCAUCCGGAAGAGUAAAACAAUGUAUGAAAUUGGGUAAGUUGGAUCACUUUUGUUCUUGGUUUUUAAUAAUUGGGGUACCCUGCCACAAAGGAUCUUGGACACUGAGUGACAGUUUGACGAGCCUAGGACUUGCCGAUCAGAAGGUCGGCGGUUCGAAUCCCCGUGACGGGGUGAGCUCCUGUUGCUCAGUCCCUGCUCCUGCCAACCUAGCAGUUCGAAAGCACGUCAAAGUGCAAGUAGAUAAAUAGGUACCACUCUGGUGGGAAGGUAAACGGCGUUUCCGUGCACUGCUCUGGUUCGCCAGAAGUGGCUUAGUCAUGCUGGCCACAUGACCCGGAAGCCAAUAAAGUGAGAUGAGCGCCGCAACCCCAGAGUCGGCCACGACUGGACCUAAUGGUCGGGAUUCCUUUACCUUUUAAUGCGAGUUUAAUUUAUUCAGUUUAUUUAUUAUUUAUUGAAUUUAUAUACCGCCCUAUACCCGGGGGUCUCAGGGCAGUUCACAGAAUAAAAUCAAGAGAUAAAACCACAGAAUACUUAAUAAAACAACAACUCAAUAGUUCCCCCCCCCCCACAAAACCCCACAUUUUAAAAGGGCGACUGAGCUAACCUGUCCUGAGACCUACUGGUGAAUGAUAGUAAUAGUAAUAAUCAGUGCUUAUUUUCUGGGGGGAUGCAGGGGUACACAUACCCCUAAACGUUUUGUGAAUCUUUGUCUAUUUACUGUAUUUAUUUUUCCCAGUUUGAACUAUAAAAUGGUGAUUUGUUUCUUGAGUCAAAAUGAGAGUCUCCCUUAAAAAUAAAAAAAAAUAAAAAACCACUGGUAAUAAUAAUAAUAAUAAUAUGCCCCAUCUCUUUCUUUUUGAUAGGAUGUGGGGUAAUCAGGUUGGAGACGAAGGCGCCAAAGCCUUUGCAGAAGCACUGCAGAAUCACCCCUCUAUAACAAACGUCAGGUAAGACCAUAUGUGAGCAGGGAACAACGGCUUAGACUCUUCAGACGACCUAUAUCAUGAAGGAUUAUCCUCAUGUCAGAAGAGCAAGCACCCCACAUUUCAGAACAAUGGGGCACCUUAGAACUGUUAAAUGGGGCUGGUGAGGCUGGAGUCAACUAUCCAGCAUCCUGGGAUAGGUCCCGGGGCCUGAGCCCCACAACUGAUACCCGCCCUCAGGUGACUGGACUCGGCCAUCCUUUUAAUUUCCCACAAUGCCUCACAGGGACAGAGGCACUGUGGGAAAUUCAAAGGGUGGCCAGACUCUAGGCCCUGGGUAGGCAAACUAUGGCCCAGGGGCCAGAUCCGGCCCAAUCGCCUUCUAAAUCCGGCCCACAGACAGUCCAGGAAUCAGUGUGUUUUUACAUGAGUAGAAUGUGCCCUUUUAUUUAAAAUGCAUCUCUGGGUUAUUUGUGGGGCAUAGGAAUUCGUUCAUUUUUUCCCCUUCAAAAUAUAGUCUGGCCCCCCACAAGGUCUGAGGGACAGUGGACUGGCCCCCUGCUGAAAAAGUUUGCUGACUCCCGUUCUAAGCCUAGGUAAAUGGAGUCGGUUGUUGUCAGGAUCUGUCUUGGGCAGCAACUGAGUUAUCUUCCGAGUCUGUUGUUGUUGAGCAAUACCAAUAGAUUGUUGGCAGAGAACCGGGGAGCCUAAUUUAGAGCAAAGACCUUUUAAAAAAUCAAAGAUGAUUGAUGUCUUAAAUGGUGGCGUUACAGUACCAAAACAGCAUUGUCAGUCCAUAUUUGGCUGUAAAAAGCAUUAAAAAAUAAAAUUGGCGUUGGCAGCUGCUCAAAAUUCAGAGAGACGCUUUUAAAACACAAUUUUCCUUAAGGGAAAAAGCAAAAGCUUGUCAAUCACUUUUCUUUCAUCUAACAAACAAACCUUGCUGAUUCUCUGCUAAGGAGAAUGGCCGUUUUCCUUCUCCCACAAGAUGGCAGACUUCAUCAAGUGAAAAUCUCAAAAGUCUGUUUAGUUGGAUGAGAAGAGAGGGCCAGUUUUUUGAGAGUACUCCACCUGCACACAAACGUGUGAAUACAAAACAACAACAGCACAGAUUUAUGCAAAAAUAAAAUAUCAUACAAGGAAGCCAUAAUUAUUUCUGGUACUUUCUGGAAGUACAAACCAUGGCAGACCCAUGUCUCCCCAUGCUGAAUGUGUGAAACAGCUGAGAACCAGAGAAAAUGUUGAGUCUUUUGUGUUUGGAAAUCUCUGUUGAACUCACCAGUGAUCCCUGCUGGCUAGUUUUGGUCAAAAGUCCCUCUCUGUCUGCCUUGCCUUCUUUGCAAUGGUGUUGGAAAGCUCUGAUCUCUUUGAGGAGAAGGCAGCUGCAGGGAACGAAUGAAUGAAUGUUGAUGGUGGUUGUAAUGAGUAUGAGUUACUCGUGCGUAAACUGGUGCCGCUCUAGGCUAAUUUGCCUUGUUAAACCUUUUUGACUGCACAGCCCUUUCUCAUCGUGGCUGCCUCAGUCGCUGGCAGAAUCCGUCAGUGGGCGUUUCUUGAACUUCUUCCAACAUAAAAGUUGUUUGACACCCAGUCUCCUCCUCCUCUCACUGCGCGGGAGUCUUCUGCGCAGGGAGGGCGUGGGUAGCGGAGAACCUGUGCCCUCCUCACUGAGGUCCAGUAAAGAGUCCUGGAGCCCUCUCUCCGAUUCCCCCAUCUGCCCCCCUUUAUCCCUGGUGUUGCGCUGAUUUGCUUCCCCCUCUACUGAGCUGUUUCUCCCCCUGCUGCUGGGUCCUUCGCCAGCAUCAUCUAGGAGCCUCCCCUUCGCCUCUCGCUCUGAUGUCAGUUCCCUGACAGUGGUGAUGAUGAUGAUGAUGAUAAUAAUAAUAAUAAUAAUAAAUAAAUAAAUAAAUACACAGCGAAAGCUUAAAAUCCAAGGCAUUGCACAGUUGAAGUGUCCAAUGUUGAAUUAGAAGCCAAUUGGGGGGGGGAGUUUUCAAAAGCUUAAAAUCUAAGGCUUUGCACCGUCAAAACAUCCAGCGUUGAAUUAGAAGCCAGGUGGAAUAAAAAUGUUUUCAAAAGCUUAAAAUCCAAGGCUUUGUGCAGGUGAAUGUCCAGCGUUGAAUUAGAAGCCAGAUGGAAUAAAAACAUUUUCACUGCCUGCCUGAGAAAACUCAGCGAUAAUGGUGCUCAUCUAAGCUCUUUUGGGAGGGAAUCCAUAACUAGGGGGCUGUCACCGAAAAGGUCCUUUCCGGUUGUCCACACUCUGCAGUAACACAUUACCUGAUUGGCUCCUUGCUUGUCUGUACAGGCAGCAGCCAUUGGAGGCUCAGUGAGGGCAGCCGACCUAGCUAGCACCCCAGUUCUGAGCUUGCUUUGUGAAACCUCCCCAGAAACCUCAUUUGGUUGCACCUAAGGGACCUGGUGGGAAGCACUGUCUUCUUCCAAGCCAGGCUUCAGCAGAGCGAGUGUAAGAGUGGCCUUGCGGGAUUGCACUCAGGGAAUCCACCUGCGUCGGACCCAGGGCCUUACGUGAGUGGCCUCAGGUGCAAGAGUCGUAAAACAGGAAUACCCCUCUCCAUGCCACCUCGCAAACUCCAUUUUGAAACGGAGAAGCGUGAAAAGCCAUUUCUUGAAGUGGCAUUGCUCCCCAAAGACCAAAAAUGCUUACAGGUCUCACUAGGAGACGGUUACAGCACGGAUUCUGCAAGCCUCAAUUCCUUCCUCACUUCCAUUUAAGACACGCAUUUGAGGAGGAAACUCACAGGUGAAUCUGUUCUCUUGUAUAUGUGGGUUCUCCUGCUUCCAAGCUCGACUUUUUGGUUGCCACUGCAAGCCCAACCUGCCUCCUACCCUUCCAUUUUGCUGUCUCUAUGGGGCAUCAUUUAUCCGCCUGAUGAGGUACAGUCGUACCUUGGUUCUCCAACAGAAUGCGCUCCAGGAGUCCAUUCGACUCCCGAAACAGCUCAAAAACCAAGGCGCGGCUUCCGAUUGGCUGCAGGGGCUUCCUGCACUCAGCCGGAAGCUGCGCCGGAUGUUCGGCUUCCGAAAACCGUUUGAAAACCGGAACACUCACUUCUGGUUUUCGAUCGUUUGGGAGCCGAAAUGUACGAGUUCCAAGGUGUACAGCAACCAAAGUACAGCUGUACUAGUUGUUCACAUUGCAGGCUUUGAGCGAGAGAGACGAAUCUCCUUGUUUUGGGGCACUUCGAACACCCAAGACACCUUGAGCUGAAGAAGAAGAAGAAGAAGAAGAAGAAGAAGAAGAAGAAGAAGAAGAAUCAUGGACUAGCAAUGCGCUCUAUGUGGGGCUACCUUUGAAGGUGACCCGGAAACUACAACUAAUCCAGAAUGUGGCAGCUAGACUGGUGACUGGGGGCGGCCGCCAAGACCACAUAGCACCGCUCUUGAAAGAUCUACAUUGGUUCCCAGUACGUUUCCGAGCACAAUUCAAAGUGUUAGUGCUGACCUUUAAAGCCCUAAACGGUCUCGGCCCAGUAGACCUGAAGGAGCGUCUCCACCCCCAUCGUUCUGCCCAGACACUGAGGUCCAGCGCCGAGGGCCUUCUGGCGGUUCCCUCAUUGCGAGAAGCAAAGCUACAGGGAACCAGGCAGAGGGCCUUCUCGGUAGUGGCGCCCACCCUGUGGAACGCCCUCCCAUCAGAUGUCAAAGCGAUAAACAACUACCUGACAUUCAGAAGACAUCUCUGUUCAGGGAAGUUUUUAACGUGUGAUAUUUUAGUGUAUUUUUAGUCUCUGUGGAAGCCCCCCAGAGUGGCUGGGGAAACCCAGCCAGAUGGGCGGGGUACAAAUAAUAAAUUAUCAUUAUUACUAUUAUUAUUAUUAUUAUCAUCAUCAUCAUCAAAGUGGAAGUUUUCUGCCUGUUUUGGAAGGAUCUUAACAGUGUUGAUACCUCUGGGAAUAACGUCGACGGAUCUACAUUUGAAGAGGAGGGGCAGGAGAAGAGAGAGCCAGGGAGGUUGGCAUGCAGAGAGCUCCCCAAAGCUUGCUUGAGCCCAAAAUGAUUUUCCCUCCCUCUCCGCUCUUUGAACACCAGCAGCCCUUCGUGCCACGGCACAAACGGCUGUUGAAACGCCCACUCACCAGAUACAGGUGCUAGGGAAAAAAUUGUGAGAAAUCUAAGACCGGGGCGGGGGGCGCUCUGAGACGUGUGGAAAUAGCUGCUCUGCUUUUUGGAUCCUGACCAAAACGAACAGCUUUUCUAAUCGGCUUCAUUAUCUAGAGUUGUCACUCAAAAACGGUUCAAAUUUUACUCGGAAGAAUUUCCGAACCCAAUUAUCGCAGGGUGGGGCUUUCCUUGCCUGCAAACAUUUCCUCCGUUGGCAGAGCAAGGCCGUUGGGCUGCACGGAAACGUUCUCUAGUUAUGUGACCGUUAAUACUUAGUUUCAGGAAGAAAGUCUUUGGGGCAGAUAUCUAGGCAUUGCAAAUGUGGUUUGUUUGUGUGUGUGUGUGUUCAUUCUCUUCUUCUUCACUUUCUCUGCAUUUUCCUUAUUGCUAAUCUCCAAGUGGUUUCUCAUUGACUUCAAAAUGCAUACCCUCCAACAUUUCUCCGAUGAAAAUAGGGACGUCCUCUUCAAAUUAAUAAGUUGCCCCACCAACUCUGGGCGGUUUCCAACAUACACAAAAACAUAAUGAACGUUAAAAGCCUUUUUUUAAAAAAACCUUCCCUAUACAGUGGCACCUUGGGUUACAUAACGCUUCAGGUUACAUACGCUUCAGGUUACAGACUCCGCUAACCCAGAAAUAUUACCUCGGGUUAAGAACUUUGCUUCAGGAUGAGAACAGAAAUCGUGCUCCGGCGGCAGCGGGAGGCCCCAUUAGCUAAAGUGGUGCUUCAGGUUAAGAACAGUUUCAGGUUAAGAACGGACCUCCGGAAUGAAUGAAGUACUUAAGCUGAGGUACCACUGUACAGGGCUGCCUUCAGAUGGCUUGGGGGGGCGGAUAACUCCAUACCCUCCAACAUUUCUCCAAUGAAAAUAGGGACGUCCUAAGGAAAAGCGGGACAUUCCAGGAUCAAAUCAGAAACUGGGGCGACUGUCCCUGGGAAUUAAGGGCACUCGGUGGGUCUGACAUAGGCUACGUUAGUCCUACUGUGGUUGGGGGGAGUGCUGAGAGGGUCCUUGGCCCCAAUGUCCUCCCCUUAUGACACUGCUGUAUGAAACAGAAGGAAGAAGGAUCCUAUGCACUAUAUCUGUGGCACGUCCAUGUGAAUCAUUGUUUGUAUACUGUUCGGUUCCGCAAAGCCUCGUCCCGGUGCAAGGCUGUCGAAAGGAAACAUUUGCCCCUGUUUUGUGUGCAUCUUUUAAAUAUUUCCCCUUCUGUCUUUUGUUUCGCAGUCUUGCGUUUAACGGCAUCACCACUGAAGGGGGGAAAAGCAUCGCAGAAGCCAUGAAGCACAACAGCACCGUGAAUAUAUUUUGGUAAGGAUCCGCUUGUUGGCAGAUUCUGGGAAAGGGGGGCUCGCCUCUCCUUGCAAGGAGAGGGGACAUGGAUUUUACAUGGCAGGUGCACCUCUCACAGUCCGUACCAGAUUCCCGAGUAGGCCUAGGUUGGAGUGGCAGAUUUCUGUGCAAGCUACAUGAAGGAACUGGAAGGAUCACUUUGAGCACAGAAGAGGCCAAGGGAUGCAGUGAGGAGAACAAAUAAACCACAGCAGGAAACUCUUCAGAUUUUGUUUAGGGCAUUUUUACCCUAUCACAUGAGACCAAUAGCGGCCCCUCCCCUCCAGGCUGACAAUCGAAAACACGACACAAAAGGAAAGAGGUUUGAGGAGGGAAGAGGAAAACAAGCAAACCCUUAGAAAGUUACAUCCAGGCUGAAGCACAAGGUGGCGCUCCAGCCGUGGUCGGGGGCAACUCCUCUUUAUCACUGGCCACGCCGACAGGGGGCUGUUGGGUGUCGGAGUCGAACGACACCCAGAGGACCACAUGUUCUCCACCCCCGAGUUAUGACGUAGCUCUUACGAUGACCAGCUGGGACGGAAACCGCUGUUUCCCCUAUCUCCCUCUGCUGCAGCCGGAUAGGUUGAGUUUUGCAUUCGGAGAUCACCUCCCUUUUCCUUGUAGCAUGAGCCGUGGGUCCUGUUGGAAGGGAUGUGUUUUUUCACAGCAAGACAUCCAAGCUAAUGUGCCCCAGCCAGGAAGUGGCAGUGAUCCAAUAGCUUCGUACUUGUGAAAUACAAAAGCCAGUAUCUCCUCCCAAUGCCAUGUUGCUGAGCUCUGAAGGGCCUGAGAAUCUGACCAAAUAUGAUUGAUUGAUUGAUUGAUUGAUUGACUGAUUGAUUGAUUGAUUGAUUGACUGAUUGAUUGAUUGAAUUUAUAUACCGCCCUAUACCCGGAGGUCUCAGGGCGGCUCACAGAAUAAAAUCAAGAUAUAAAACCACAAAAUACAGUGGAACCUCGGUUGUCAAACGUAAUCCGUUCCAGAAGACCAUUCAACUUCCGAAACGUUCGACAACCGAGGUGUAAUUGCUGGUCGGCAAAAUCCAGUGAAAAAAUGGAGAAACGCACCUCAGAAGCUGUUUGACUUCUGAGGCGCGUUCAGAAACGGAAGCAUUCACUUCCAGGUUAUGGUGUUCAAAAGCCAAAACAUUUGACUUCUGAAGCGUUUGACAACCGAGGUUCCACUGUACAUAAUGAAAAUGAAAACAACAACCCAAUAGCCCCCCCCCCACAAACCCCCCACAUUUUAAAAUGGCAUAGGAUGUCAAUCAGAUCAACCAAAGGCCUGGUUAAAAAGGAACGUUUUUGCCUGGCGCCUAAAGGUAUAUAAUGAAGGCACUAGGCAAACUUCCCUGGGGAGACCAUUCCACAGAUGGGGAGCCACUGCAGAGAAGACCCUGUUCUCGUGUUGCCACCCUCCGGACCUCUCAAGGACGAGGCACAUGAAGAAGGGCCUCAGAAGGUGAUUUCAGGGUCCGGAUAGGUUCAUAUGGAAAGAGGCGGUCCUUGAGGUAUUGCGGUCCUGAGCCGUGGUGUGUGUGUGUGUGUGUGGUUUUUAACCCACCAUGGUUUUCUUAGCAUUUCAGUGUGUUCCGAGUAGUUUUGGGAGAGUAAUUCUCCACCCCAACCUCCACAUUCAUAUGGUUUCAGUUCUUGGUUCCAUGUCCUCCUUAAGAGCACUUCCGCAGUGGCAGCCAUUGGCUUCUGAACGUCUUUGCCGUCGCUUCUGCCUUCUGCUGAUAAGACCCUGUGGGGUUGUUCUAGCAGCCCAAGAAUGUCUGAGCUAGCAAGAACCAGCGUCAGAGCUGAGACCACAUCCAACCCCAGGAAGCAGCAGCGAGUUUUUAAAAAGAAAACACUUUUAAGUAUCCCCGCUAUUAAAAGCAGCCGAUUAAGUUGACUAAAACUGAUGAUUAAAUGAAUCCAAAAUGAACUCGGGAGCGUACAGUGAGAGAGGUACCGUAUUUUUCGCUCUAUAAGACACACUUUCCCCCCUCUAAAAAUUAAGGGGAAAUGUGUGUGCGUCUUAUGGAGCGAAUGCAGGCUCCAUGGCUUCAGCAAUAGCAACGCGAAGCCUCCGAAGCGCAGUGGGAGCGCUCCUGCCACGCUCCGGAGGCUUCGUGUUGCUUUUGCUGAAGCCUGGAGAGGGAGAGGGGUCGGUGCGCACAGAUCCCUCUUGCUCUCCUGGCUUCGCUUCGCUGGAGAGGUGCUGCGUAGCUUUCCCUCUCCGCUCAGCACCCCUUCAGCGAAGCGGGAGGAGAAAUGGAAGGGGCUUUGUUUCUCCUGCCGCUUCGUUGAAGGGGCGCUGCGCAGAGAGGGAGAGAAUAUUUUUUUCUUGUUCUCCCUCUAAAACUAGGUGCGUCCUAUGGUUGGGUGCAUCCUAUAGAGCGAAAAACACGGUGAAUGUGGAAAGGGAUGGAAGGCUAGAGAGAAACAGUGCUGGAGGGGUGUAUAGCUAGAUUUUUAAACCCUAAAUUACAGAUCCCUGGAGGAAAGAGGGAUCUUCAGUGGAGAGCAAGAGACAUUUCCUCCUCCCAAACCGAGUUAUCCAGGUAGAUGAGUCUUUAUCCCAUUGUGUUAACAUACAGGGCAGACCAAUGGAGCUUUUGUAGCACUUCUUUUUUAUUUGUUAUUCCACUCUUCAUUUAAAAGAAAUCCCAGCACAGAUGACAGCAAACAUCAGCAAGCAGCGAACGAUCUAGCAUUAGCCAGGUGCGUUCGCACGGCCUUUUGUGGCACUCCUGUAAGACACCCCGUAAUUAUUGUAAGGAAUAUCUUGCGACUCAUUUGUGCCCCAGACAUUCUCCCUCCUGCGCCUUUGAACCGGUUUUGAAGCAGGGACAUUAAACACUCCACCUGACGCACUGGAAAGCCAAGCCGUCUUUUGUUCCACCAUCGUUCUCACAAUGCCUGGCUGAUCACAACCACUGCAUUUCUGGGGACAAUAAAUUAUUGUGCUUUUGGAACAGCCAGUCCCGGCGUUGACGGUAAAAGGGAGGCAACUUUGGAUCAUGUCCCAAGUGGUGCCUGGGAUCUGAUGCAAGACAGCAGCAGCAGCAGCAGAAGAAGAAGAAGAAGAAGAAGAAGAAGAGUUUGGAUUUGAUAUCCCGCUUUAUCACUACCCUUAGGAGUCUCAAAACGGCUAACAAUCUCCUUUCCCUUCCUCCCCCACAACAAACACUCUGUGAGGUGAGUGGGGUUGAGAGACUUCAGAGAAGUGUGACUAGCCCAAGGUCACCCAGCAGCUGCAUGUGGAGGAGCGGAGACGCGAACCCGGUUCACCAGAUUACGAGACUACCGCUCUUAACCACUACACCACACUGGCAGGCCGUGACUCUGUCGAUGGCUUGAACCGUGAAGAGCUUGGGUUGAAGGAACAGCACCAGAGCGUCCUUUGUCCUAGGCUGCAUUGCCCUGAAGAGAGAGCCUGGGGAACCUAUGGGCAGCCAUGAUCCUAGCUCCACAAACAAGGAAGAGAGGCAGACUCUUGGAAGUGUAGCUGCUCAGAGAUAGCAUCCUUUGGGGAACAUGGAUUGGAAGGACAAGAAACAGGACCUGCUAGAACGUACCCUCCGAGCAGACUUGACUAGAUGACUCUUGGGGUCCCUUCGGACUCUACAAUUCUACUUGUGUUGAUAAUUCAUCAAGGGAUCGAUAUAAUGGGUGAACCGAGCAAUAGAUAUAGGACAUAAUAUAGAUUUUAAUCUCGGGGGGGGGGGGACUUUGGAAGAGUGAUCUGAAGUUUACAGCUUCAAGGAAUGAGAACUACCUGAAAAUGAUAAAUGAUAUUUAACUCCAAGAUGGGACGCGGGUGGCGCUGUGGGUUAAACCACAGAGCCUAGGACUUGCCGAUCAGAAGGUUGGCGGUUCGAAUCCCUGCGACGGGGUGAGCUCCCGUUGCUCAGUCCCUGCUCCUGCCAACCUAGCAGUUCGAAAGCACGUCAAAGUGCAAGUAGAUAAAUAGGUACCGCUCCGGCGGGAAGGUAAACGGCGUUUCCGUGCGCUGCUCUGGUUUGCCAGAAGCAGCUUAGUUAUUCUGGCCACAUGACCCGGAAGCUGUAUGCCGGCUCCCUCGGCCAAUAAAGCGAGAUGAGCGCCGCAACCCCAGAGUCGGCCACAACUGGACCUAAUGGUCAGGGGUACCUUUACCUUUACCUAGACUUGCUAAGAUGUAUAAGACUGAAUUGGAUAAGUGCUGGAGAUGCAAUGAGACUGAGGGUACGUGGUGGACUUGUAAAAGGGUAAAAGAGUAUUGGGAAAUAAUUUAUAAUGAAUUGAAAAAAAAAUGUUUAAAAGUACUUUUUAAAAAAAAAACCCAGAAUCUUUGUCGUUGGGGAUAAUUCAGAUGGAAAUUCCCAGGUGUCAAAAAAGGUUAUUUAUGUAUGCCACUACAGCGGUCCGUGUUUUGUUAGCCCAAAAAUGGAAAACAAGCAAAAUCCCAACUAAAGAAGAAUGGCAACUUAAACUGAUGGAAUAUGUGCAGCUUGUGGACUUAACAUAUAGAAUAAGAGAACAAGAAGAACAUACGUUCAAAGAAGAUUGGAAAACGUUUAUUGAAUAUAUGGGGGGGAAUUGUAUAUAUUUGAAAACGUGGGCAGCAUUCAGAUAAAUUCAACAGUGUCAAUAAGUUUUGAUGGAUGUAAUAAUGGAAUACUCAAUGGUUUAGUUUAUCUAAAAUAUGCAGGGAUUUAUGUUAUGCAAAAUGAACCAUGGAAAGAAGAGAAGGGAAGUCAUUGAUAUUUUACGGUGGCUUAUGAAUGAAUAUUCUAAAAUGUAAAAUAGAAAAUUGGAUAAAAAUUAUGGAAAAAGAAACAGGACCUGCAACAAAGUGUUGCAGUUUAUUCCCACAUCCCAAGAGGAGUGCUUCUGUUGUGCCAGCCAGCCCUCUUGCAGGCUGUGUCAUUCCAUCUCCCCUCAGUUUUUUUUCCAUUUCUAGCUAAAGCUCAACAUUCUGUCGCUUCUGGGCAUGCGUGACCCUCUGUUCUUGUCAUUCCCUUGGGUUGGUUGGUUCAUUUUUAGGGCUCUCCCAGAAUAUUGGGACCUAGAAGAACUGCUCCCAGAAGUGCAAGCUGGAUUUAGAAGAGGCAGAGGAACCAGAGACCAAAUUGCAAACAUGCCCUGGAUUAUGGAGAAAGCUAGAGAGUUCCAGAAAGACAUCUACUUCUGCUUCAUUGCAUAGUUAUGGUUUUCCCAGUAGUGAUUUAUGGAAGUGAGUGCUGGACCAUAAAGAAGGCUGAUCACCAAAGAAUUGAUGCUUUUGAAUUAUGGUGCUGGAGGAGACUCUUGAGAGUCCCAUGGACUGCAAGAAGAUCAAACCUCUCCAUUCUGAAGGAAAUCAGUCCUGAGUGCUCACUGGAAGGACAGAUCCUGAAGCUGAGGCUCCAAUACUUUGCCCACCUCAUGAGAAGAGAAGACUCCCUGGAAAAGACUCUGUUGGGAAAGAUGGAGGGCACAAGGAGAAGGGGACGACAGAGGACAAGAUGGUUGGACAGUGUUCUUGAAGCUACCAGCAUGAGUUUGACCAAACUGCGGGAGGCAGUGGAAGACAGAAGUGCCUGGCGUGCUCUGGUCCAUGGGGUCACGAGGAGUCGGACACGACUAAACGACUAAACAACAACAACAAAGAAGAACUGCCUUGUGCUGAAUCAAAGCCAUUGGUCCAUCCAGUUCAGUAUUACCUACACUGACUGACAGCAUCUCUGCAGGGUUUCAGGCAGGGACUUCUCCCAGCCCAACUGGAGAUGCUGGGAUUUGAACCCAGGACCUUUUGCAUGCAAAUCAAGUGCUUCAUCCACCCCUAUACCACAUAAUACAUCACAACCGCUCUUGUUUCUCAGCAGCUCCUCUGUCUUCAUUUCUGUCAGUACUCACUGCCUGUUGUUAGAGAGCUCGUUUCUUCAUUUCCCAGGGAGAUUCGAUUGGUGCCUUCAUUAUACGCCUUUAGGCGCCAGGCAAAAAACGUUUCUCUUUAACCAGGCCUUUAGGGCUGAUUGACAUACAAUGCCCUUUAAAAAUGUGUCAGGGAGGAGAUUUUGGGGUUAUUCUUGUUUUUAUUUUUAUUAUGUACCAUAUUUUUUGCUCUAUAAGACUCACUUUUUCCCUCCUAAAAAGUAAGGGGAAAUGUGUGUGCGUCUUUUGGAGCGAAUGCAGGCUGCGCAGCUAUCCCAGAAGCCAGAACAGCAAGAGGGAUUGCUGCUUUCGCUGCGCAGCGAUUCCUCUUGCUGUUCUGGCUUCUGGGAUUCAGAAUAUAUUUUUGUUGUUGUUUUCCUCCUCCAAAAACUAGGUGCGUCUUGUGGAGCGAAAAAUAUGCUAUUUUGCGUUUUUAAUAUUGUUAUUUUUAUCCGUGAACUACCCUGAGACAUGUGGAUAAAUUAUUUUUAUUUAAAUAAUUUUUAUUUGGCUUUACAAGUAUAAGAGUAUAACAAUACAAAGUACAUAUCUAUAUUUAGAGAUUCCUCUGAAUCUCUGGACUUCCCACCUUCCUCCUCCAUGGGUCCUAUUGUCAAUGUUUUCAACUGCAUAUUAUUCAGUAAUCCAUAUUUUAUGUCACUCCAUUGUCUCCUUAGUACUUGCUACAUUACAAGUGCUCUUGCAAUCCUGCUAAUGUUUUCAUCUGCUUACAGUGGUCUCCCAGAUAAGUUAUAAAUGUUUCCCAUUCUUUAGUAAAAGUUUUGGUCUUCUUGGUUCCUGAGCUUUCCAGUCAGUUUUGCCACUUCAGCAUAGUUCAACAGCUUAGUUUGCCAUUCUUCUCUGAUAGGGACUUCGUCUUCUUUCCAUCUUUGGGCUGGUAGCAUACGUGCGACUGUCAUCGCAUACAUGAAAAGUCUUUUGCUCCUUUGGAAUAUCGGUACCUACAAUUCGUAAUAGAAAAGCUUCUAGGCUGGUUUGUUUUUUUAAAAAAAAGUUAUUUUAAACUUUUUUUUCAAUCCAUUAUACUGUAUAAGGGCAGCAUAAAAUUUUAAUUAAUUGAUUAACUAACUAAUAAUUUGCAGCUAGCAACAAGCCUCCUGAGCUUGUUAAAAUGCUUUGUGGACAACCUGAGUAUUUGUAGCUUCGGUAUAUAUGCUCCACUUUCCCCGUUCUAACCCCAAAAGAAGGGGAGAGCCGUACGUAGCAGCUUACAAAAGAAAAUAAAAGACUAACUUAAAAAGGGCAAUUAUUCUCCAUUAACCCAGCCUGGCGCUGCUUGGUCAAGCGUUGAGCUAUAAAUGCCUUUAAUCUCUAUGGAGAGAAGGUGGAAGACCAGUUUUGGUGUGGUCCUAAUGGCUAAACCUAUUUUCCUGUCCUCGCUAGGAGUUUUCCAAGCUGCCCUCCUCUCCACCAGCCAUUCCCAUGAAUGCUUUCCAUGGCAGCAUUUUUAUUUUUAUUUUUAAAAAGCAAAACCAGAAACCCUUCCUUGAUCACAUGGAAAUGCCUUAGGCAUGUGGGGGUGAGUGGGUCUCCAUCUCACUUGCAUUAAAAAAAACAACCCUUCCUUUUUCAAACGAAUACUGAAAUCUUAGCAAAGUGUAAGUUUGCUUGAACGCAAUGACGCCCACAAUGGCUGUACUGUCAAUCACUUGGCAGACCUUUUAGACAUGUGCAUCUAGCCGAAGAGUUUCCAUUUCAUUCCUGGCCAGCCAGGAUCUUUAAUAAAAUUGCACCUAUGCUGGCAGAGAAGAAAUUCCUUUUUUUUCCCCAAACCAUAGGACGGCCAUACACUCUUGGGACUGAAAAAAGGAGGUUCUUUUUACCAUAUGUAGUGGUCUUGUAGUAAGGUUAAAGCUUACUGGGAAAUGAUAUAUAACGAAAUGAAAAGGAUGUUUAAAAUAACCUUUGUGAAAAAAACACCCCAGAAGCUUUUCUUUUGGGAAUUAUAGGGACAGAACUACCUAAACUACAGUGGUACCUCAGGUUAAGUACUUAAUUCGUUCCGGAGGUCCGUUCUUAACCUGAAACUGUUCUUAACCUGAAGCACCACUUUAGCUAAUGGGGCCUCCAGCUGCCGCUGCGCUGCCGGAGCAUGAUUUCUGUUCUCAUCCUGAAGCAAAGUUCUUAACCUGAAGCACUAUUUCUGGGUUAGCGGAGUCUGUAACCUGAAGCGUAUGCAACCUGAAGCGUAUGUAUCCCAAGGUACCACUGUAUAUAGAAACAUAGUCCUGUAUGCGACUACAGUGGCCAGAAUAUUACUUGCUCCAAAAUGGAAAGAAGCAGAAGUCCUAUCAAAGGAGGACUUGAUACAAAAACUUAUGGAAUAUGCAGAAAUGGCAAAACCUACCAGAAGAAUAAGAAAUCAAGAUAACAAACUUUUUAUAAAAGAAUGGCAAUGGUUUAUGGAAAAUUUACAGAUAAAUUUCAAAGAGAUAAAAACACUGGCAGGAUAAUUCUAAUAACUUGCAGUUUCAUAAGAGUAUAUAUUUAAAGAAGAUGAAUAAAUGAGCACAUUAAGUUAAUUUGGACAUGCAGAAGAUAUUAAAAAAUAAAUUGAAGGAACCGCAGAAAGAGGGGGAAGGAAGUCAACUUUUGAAAUGUCAAAAUGAUUGUAAAAUUAGUUAAAUAUAUACACUUGAAAAGUAGAUAAAAAAAUUUUUUUAAGAAAAAAAGAAAAGAAAAAUCCUGUUUGCUUCUCUCACCAGGCUAACAAAGAAUGAGCUGGAUGACGAAGCAGCCGAAUGCUUUGCUGAAAUGGUAAAGGUCAACAAGCGAUUGGGUCAUCUAUGGUGAGUUGUCUUGGCUCACGGAGAAGGCACUCUUGAGUCACUGCCUCAGGCUACGAGUCACAUUUCAGUCACUGUACAUUUUCUAUACAAGGACCCAACCCUGAGCUUUGGGCUCCUUUUGACAGAAAGGUCACCGGAAGCCCUUAAUUUGCAUCGAGGCAUCAGAUUCAUGCUGAUCUAAAGUUGGAGUGCCUCAUUCUUCACAAUUCCCGGAAGGAGUUGCUGAACCAGUGACUAGGAGAGGAACCAGUUGAACUUUUGAAGGAUUCCUAUGCAGAUGACACGUAUAAAAAUGUGGCAAACCGUCAAAACGUUAAAAACUUCCCAAUAGAGGGCUGCCUUCAGAUGUCUUCUAAAAGUUGUGUGGUUCUUUAUCUCCUUGACAUCUGAUGGGAGGGCGUUCCACCGGGUGGCCGCCACCACUGAGAAGGCCCUUUGCCUGGUUCCCUGUAACCUCACUUCUCGCAGGGAAGGAACCGCCAGAAGGCCCUCGGCGCUGGACCUCAGUGUCUGGGCAGAACGAUGGGGGUGGAGACACGCCUUCAGGUAUACUGGACCGAGGCCGUUUAGGGCUUUAAAGGUCAGCUCCAACACUUUGAAUUGUGCUUGGAAAUGUACUAAGAGCCAAUGUAGGUCUUUCAGGUCCAGUGUUAUAUGGUCUCAGCAGCCACUCUCUGUCACCAGUCUAGCUGCUGCAUUCUGGAUUAGUUGCAGUUUCUGGGUCACCUUCAAAGGUAGCCCCACAUAGAGCGUAUUGCAGUAAUCAAGCGGGAGAUAACGAGAGCAUUCACCACUCUGGCGAGAUAGUCUGCAGGCAGGUAGGGUCUCAGUCGGCGUAGCAGAUGGAGCUGGUAGACAGCUGCCCUGGUCACAGAUGUCCCAUGUACACAGUGUUUAGUUUAAUCACCACCAUCAAAGCACUAGCAAAAUGUAAGGCUUGGUUUUCGUUUGUUUAGGGAUCUACCCCAUUGUCAGUAACGCUUACAUUUCCUUUUGUCCGUGUGUUGUGUUUUUCCAUAACAAAUUACCCUUGAGUGACUAAUGCUAAAGAAAUAAAUGUCUUGAAGCUUUUUUAAAAAAAUAAAAAAUAAAUAAAUUGCAGUGUUCUGGGCAAAGGAAAACAGGAGAAAUUGAACUCCAAGGUGACUUUACAUAUUUUUGAUGGUUGGCCCCUCUGAGCCAGUCUCUUCCUGCCUCCUCUCUUGCAGUGCCAGCCCAAAGUGGCCAGUGAAUUGCCUUCCCCGGCCGUCGCUUUGGAUCCAUCAUGAAUAAUCCCCCAGACAGCUGCUCUCCUGUGAUCAGAGAGCAGCUGUGUGGUCAAUUAUACAAUUAAGCUCAGUAACCCUGAAAGACGCCCAUGCACUUUAGACUGAAGAGGCUUGGAGCCUCUUGGCUGCGCUUCUAUGGGGGGAUUGUCUGAUGCCAAGCAGGCCAGCCAUGCAGAUGGAAAUCAGAAACCACCAGUUCCUGGCAAGACCCCAGCCUUGUUCAGCAAAAAGGAGUGUUGAUUUUCCACUUCAGACGCACCAUGCCCAAGCCAAGUGCGUGACAGGCAGGACGCUGUGGACCGGGCGCAAACAGAGAGUGUUUUCUCCGGAGCUGAGGGCUUUCCUUUCUCUCUCUCUCUCUCUUAGGCUUAUCCAGAAUCAGAUUACCAGCAGAGGUGCCAAGUGCCUGGCUGAUGCUCUCAAGCACAAUACGGCCAUUAAAGAGAUCUGGUAAGGGUGACGGCUGUGCGGCUUUCCAAAGUGUGGCAAUCACACUCCAACUGUCUGCUUAGACACAUGUGCAGGAUCUUGCCUAGUUAGACGGGGAGCCUGUGACCCUUGAACUUCAUUGGGUCUCAUCAGCAUGGCCGAUGAUGAUGAGAGCUGGGACCUAACAUCCAGAGAGCCACAUGCUGUCCGUUGCUGAUGUACAACAAAACGUGCGUGGGAUGUUCUCGCACAUGACACAGUGGCAAACGCCUUGCGUCUUGGCCAUUUCCGUGCUUUGGCGAUGGAAUGCGUGCCCAAAUCCAUUUCACCUGUUUCUGGUGCCAAGAGGGCAAAUGUGCCAAGAGAGAUUGUGGAGCUGAGUUGGGCCACUGUUCCCGCCACAAUCACCUUGACUUCUGAACAUGGGGAUCCUUCAAACGCAAAUCAGGAGUCUGUAUCAUUCGGAUAGUUGGGAGCAAGUAAUCCUGCCCUGUGGGGGACAUGGGUGGCACAGGGUUAACCACAGAGCCUAGGACUUGCUGAUCAGAAGGUCAGCGGUUCGAAUCCCCAUGACGGGGUGAGCUCCCAUUGCUCAGUCCCUGCUUCUGCCAACCUAGCAGUUCGAAAACACGUCAAAGUAGAUAAAUAGGUACCGCUCCGGCGGGAAGGUAAACGGCAUUUCAGUGCGCUGCUCUGGUUCACCAGAAGCAGCUUAGUCAUGCUGGCCACAUGACCCGGAAGCUGUACGCCGGCUCCCUUGGCCAGUAAAGCGAGAUGAGCGCCGCAACCCCAGAGUCGGCCACGACUGGACCUAAUGGUCAGGGGUCCCUUUGCCUUUAAUCCUGCCCUGUGUGCGCAGUCUAACUAAGGGAGGAAUAGCAGAGAUCAGGAAGAAUCGUGUUGGGAGCCCUGCAUGCAGUCAUGGGCCACCAGCUGGCUAGACCUUAACUGCCUAGCCACAUCUUUAAUUAGCAUUUAAAUCAUGAGUCUCUCAAUGUGGCUAGCAGUAGUUGUAACCAAGUCCCAUAGAAACCUGUGGACCAGGUUAUUCAGGCCCAACGCCCAGUGACAUUUAACAUUUUAGCUGGCUCAGAAUCAGCGUUUGUCAAUUUUGCCUCUUGGUUUAUGAGCUGGUGCCGUAGGACUUACACAGCUCCCGUUCGUUUCAGUGCAGGAGAUGCUCCUCUCUUAACCUCAGGGUUCUGGGUUCGAACCCCACACUGGGCAAAAAGAUGCCUGCACUUGCAGGGGUUGGACUUGAUGGUCCUCACGGUCCUUUUCAACUGUACAAUUCUGUGAUUGUCUCUGUAGCCAUUUCAGAAAUAAAGUACAUUUCGUUAGUUUAAUAUACAGUCGUACCUCGGAAGUCGAACGCCUUGCGAGUCGAAUGUUUUGGCUUCCGAACACCGCAAACCCGGAAGUGAGUGUUCCGGUUUGCGAACGUUCUUUGGAACCGAAACUUCCGACACGGGUUCCACAGCUUCCGAUUGGCUGCAGGAGCUUCUUGCAGCCAAUCGAAAGCCGUGCCUUGGUUUCUGAAAGUUUUGGAAGUCAAACGGACGUCCAGAACGGAUUCCAUUCGGCUUCUGAGAUAUGACUGUACUGCCUUUACACAAGCCCCAGGGCCAUCUAAAACAGGUAGAUCCAUAAAAAUCACACAAUAUUUGAAGGCAGGUGGCAGAUCACUAAAGAGCAAUUACUAAUUGCCGCAUCAGUCAAGUCUCUCCAGAUGCGUCUUAACCAGUGUUAGAAACCGCGAUAUGAAAGCUGGGAGAUAAAUGGUACCUUAAACUGAGGUUAUGGGUGCAACAACAGAAUGUCUAGGCACGCUAUUUUAUAACAAGAAUAUGAAAAUGAAAGAACUGCAGCUAAAGUAUUAUGUUGGUUUUUCACAUGUUCUAGUCCUUCCCCUGCCCACUCCCCUAAUAUUCUUAAGAGGGUCUCCAGUCUUCAGAGAGUAGCUGGAAGUGGGGAGGCAGAAAAAGGUCCUCCUUUCCUCGCACUCUUUCAGUUUUAACCCGAAAUCUUAGGCGUAGUAUUGCACCCAGAGGUCAGAAGCUCCUCGCACUGAUGAAAUUCCCUGUUGCAAAAUACACCUAGGGCAAUGGGAGUUUCAAACACUGGUCUUAACAAGCCACUUAAAAUUGUACAGAGAUGGGGCCAGGGGCAUUUUAGUAGGGAGGGAGUUCUAUGUCUUAAAGAAGCCACUACUGAAGAGGCCAUUUCCCAGGCCUCAUCCUGAGAAAGGACCACCAGGAGGGUCUCACCUCCUGACCUCAGAGCACAAGUAGGUAGAUGUGGAGGAAGGCAUUCUUGCAGAUAGUUGUGCUUCAAUAUCUGCCCUGUUCUGCUGAGCCCAGAGCACAUCAACUAGGUGAAAUUCUUGCACCAGAAAGAAGAGAGCCUUAGCUUAUAUCUUGUGAUCUAAAGGGAUGUGUGUGACAUUCAAUAUGUUUUAGUAUUGCCUACUACGGGCUAAGCAUUCCCAAGAGAUGAAAAGCUCUUGGAUUUCUCUAGGUGGAAAUUUCACGUCCUCGUCAGAAACCAGGACUACCUUGCGCCGUUCGUCCCAAAACAAACAGGCUAUAGGAAGAGCGCCAAAGGAAAGAGAGCGAGAGAACCUGCAGAAACAGCUGCUUUAUUUUAAUUUCUCUUUCCCUCCCCCCCUCCCUCUUUCCACCUCCAACAGCUUAAAUGGAAACCUAAUAAGCCAAGAGGACGCAAAAACGUUUGAAGAUGAAAGGAGGCUCGUUUUCUUUUGAGAUGGGGGGGAGAGAUGAGGUUGGACGGCUGUCGAGAUGCCAGGCCUUUGGAACAGUGGUGGCUGAAGCCCAAAUGCGAUGCCCAGUUGACUCGAGGGUGGAAGACGUGUGUCUUACGUUGUGCUUUCAAAAAAUAAAAUAUCUCCUUGGUGCUGUUUUUACAUCUUGUAA